AUGAGUGAAGAAUUUGUGAACUGCAGAAUCCAGCCCAGGAAGGCGGUUGUGUUUAUCAAGCCCUCCUGCCCCUACUACAGGAGGACCCAAGAGCUCCUCAGCCAAUUGUCCUUCAAACAACGGCUUUUGGAAUUCGUUGAUAACACAGCCACCAGUGACACUAGCAAGAUUCAAAAUUAUUUGGAACAGCUCACAGGAGCCAGAACAGUGCCUCGGGUCUUUAUCAGUAAAGAGUGCAUCAGCGGAUGCACGGACCUAGUGGAAAUGCAUCAGAGUGGGGAGCUGAUGAAGCGGCUAAAGCAGAUUGGAGCUCUGCAGUAA